GACCUCCCCCCCCCACUGACAUCACUGAUGAGCGACUCCACAACGCAAGUGGCGUGUUCGAUGUUUCCCCUCACAAAACAACAAACAUUGAUUUAUUAACAACAUAUCUUCCUUAGAUUGUUUCUACGUUAAGGGUUUUUAAAAUGUUCGUACCUGACAAGGAGGCGGAUUUUGGCGGCAACUUUAAAGGCUUCACCCUGAUACUCCCCACCGUCUCGGUAGGCAACGUGCCGCAGCUGACGCAGGACGUGCUGGUGGUGACGCUGCGCGCCCGUCGCGCCGGCUUCCUACGCUCCUCGUGCUACGUGCCGCUCGUCGGCAACAACCCGUACAGCGAGGGCGGCGCCGACGCCGACCGACUGCACGUCAGCACCGAGGUGUACGUGGCACCUGACAAGCAGGUGGCGCUCGUCCAGAUUCGAUCUCCCAUCAUCAAGGGCCGUAGGAAGCGUGCCCGCCGCGAGAUGCUGGACUGGGCGGAGGCUGGCGGGUUUUCUCGCGUCGUCAUCCUCUCCAGCAGCUUCGCUCACAUGCGCACUGACAAGCAGCUUGUUGGCCCACCCUACCGGUUUCUACUCUCCCCGUCGCUGGAGGCCACGGAGAGGCCUGUGGUGGAGGCCCUGGGCUGGACACAGCUGGAGCCAUCUGAGGUCAUCCCCGGGCUGGGAGGGCCCCCCGAGCUCGCCAUCCCCGGAGGGGGGCUCUCAAAGGGUCUCUUCGUGGACGGGAGCGCGCGGGGGCUGCCCGUGGCCGUCCUGCUGGCGUUCUGCUCCGAGGGAGACAACAUUCCGGACGCGCUCGCGCUUGCCGACCGCCUGCAGCAGUGGCUGCGCCUUGCUGAUGUCGCGGAAGGAGAGUCCACUCCAAGGUGGAAAACUCCGAGCUCGUGGAAGAUGCUCUUUGGAGGAGAGAUCCCUCCAUCCCUCUUCUGACCAACGCCCCCCCCCUCGCCCCCACAACAACCUCCACUCAAUCCUCUCGCCAUCUGACCUCUGACCUUCAGCCCCUGACCUUAAACUGCCACCGACCUCUUUUCAGCCAUCACAGCAGCACACGGCACUUCGAUUUUCUCAGCCGUUUGUCGGGUAACAGAGUUAUGCGUCGAAUGAAUUUUCAGCAUUAAGGAAAAGAAGGAAAAAAAUCUAAUCAUCGAGAGAUUUUGUAUGAAACAUCUCCAGGAAUUUAACGAUUAAUUUAUUAAUUGAUUAAUAUCGAUUCUUACGCUCACGAUAACCCCGUCAACCGGAUGCCAUUGAGAAGCCUUCAUCCAGCUGUCAAUCGAAUUUCCGUAUGAUUUUCGUUUGUUCUGGUAAUGCCGGUAAGCACUAGAGGCGCUAUCGUGCACCACAAGGUGAGAGCAACCAUUGUUUCAGGUUUACUUUAUUUAACGAGGUGAGAACUCAAAGAGACAUCACGUCUUUUACUGAAGCAUUUGAAAGGGCACCCCCAGUGGCAGCUGUCCCAUGUGCAGCACGCGGUGAUUGCACGUGGCCUGCGUUUGGGCAGUACUCUAUUUAUAUUCUUAGGUUUUUUCGGUAAAGUCACGUAGGUAAAAAAAUAAAAUGAAUAAAAGUAAAAUAAAAUAAAAAUCACGACGUUUCGGAGGCAACACAAGCUUCUGUCUUCAGGUGGCAGAAGGGUGAUUGCUCCUCUUGUGUCCAAUCCCAGUUCAGUAGUUUGCUGUGUAACGUUUUUCGAGUUUGGCAAAUUUGGACAUCGACGGCACACAGUGGCCAGCUGCUCUUGCGAGUGAUGUCGGAGGAUCUUUAAUGCCCACUGUACAACAGACGGCGUGUAGUUAUUAUGAUUAUUACAGAAGUAGCAAUAACCAGGGUGGCCACUGGAUUCGUACCACGUCCCCCCCCCUGUUAAAUUGUCAGCAACUUCAUUAUAUUGUAAAAAAGAAAAUCAUUCGAAUAUACGAUGCAACGUGAAGAAUUCUCGAUGACAAAAUGAAUGAAUGAACACUUGUUCUAUAUCGCCGCAUAAAAAAUAAAAUAUUGUUUUCAUCCAACAGUCUUGGCCUUCCAGAAUAAUAUCAAUAAGCGUUUAGUUAAAAGGGUGGAAGGAGUGGGAGCGGUGGUGGAGCGGUUACCACACUGCCCGAUGAACUCACCAACCUGAGUUCAAUUCCAAAGCCACGGCUAACGUUGGUGGCGAGUGAUGAAUGAACCCUUUAUCCCAACCUGUACUGACCGGAAUGGGGAAGUAUGGUCAAACAACCCCCAUUACUGAUGUGGUUAUGAGGAAGCUUCAUCUAGCAGUGGACUGCA